GGACCAGCCGGCAUGGAGUCGGUCAUCUGCCUAUUGCCCACGGGCAUGAUCGUGAAGCUGGAUGUGGCCAUUGGUGGGAGUCAGACAUACAACGACAUCAAAAACAACGUUUGGCAGGCAGCCAGUGGCUUGCCUUUCUUCCAUGAGCUCAAGCAACCCCAAAGCUAUGGCUUCUCAGCCGUGGGCACAGAUGGCGAGAUGCUCGAGCUGCACGACGAUGACCUCUUUGAUCGCACCCGCCUCUACACGCCCUGGCUCAAGGUUUGCUCGCGCGGUAGCAAGGAGGAGCAGCGGUUCAACUUGGAUAUUUCCCGGCUCAUUGGCAAACAGCUGAGCGAAUUUGAUUUUAUCCGGGAUCCAGAGGUUGUGGCCUUUCGCCAGAGCAUCCUCAGCAUUUGCCAGAAUGCGCAAAAAUUGCGCCAAAGUGAAGGCAUCGAGGGUGCUGCCCUGCACCGCUUCCCUCCCAACACAAUCUCAUCUCCCUUCCCACAGCAUUUGAAGGCCAAGCUCAACAAGAAGGAGCAAUUCAUUCUCAUGGUCUAUUUCAGCAGUGAUCAAGCCUCAAAGACGGUGUGUGAUAUCAAUCAGACGCCGGAUGAACUGAUCAAGGUGAUUGUGCGCAAGGGACGCGUGGGUCAGAAACUUGGCUCGGACAACCCGACGGAGUACGUCCUCAAGGUGCACGGCCGCGAUGAGUACUUGUUGGGCAAGUUUCGCAUGGGCGACUACAAAUAUGUGCGCCACUGUCUGGCACAUGGCUACACCAAAACCGACCUCUCCGACCACAACUGCCGUCUGGUUUUGGAGCGCCGUGACGACAUGUACAAGAAGAUACCUCAGGCCAAUACAGACAAGAUGCUCAUGAGCAAGUCCGCCCUUCGUCUAGAAGAGCCCACCCCGGCCAACCCAGCGCAGGCCAUGACUUGGUUCGGUGCCGAAGCCGACAGCAAGUUUUCUGUUCUGAUUCGCAGUGCGCACAACGUCAUCACUGGCAAACUUUUUUCCAUCGGCAUCAAGGCUUGCGUCUUUUUGGGCGACAAGCCCAUUUCCGAUGAGGAAGCCACUCGUUUCGUGCCUCCCGAGGAGAACAUGAGCUGGGCCCAGCCCAUCGAGUUUGAUUUGGCGAUCAAGGACCUCCCCCGUGAUGCCCGCCUUUGCAUCGCUCUCUUUGGCGUGUGGGCCAACCCGCUUAAGGUCAAAAAGCGCAAAAAUUUCCGCAACGAAUACGUGUUGGCCUGGACCAACAUCUCCAUCAUGGACUUUCGCGGUUUUUUGCGCCAAGGCGAGUACACCCUGGCUACAUGGACCGUCGAGGAUGGUGAAAAUGCUGCCUUGUUCAACCCCCUCGGCACAACCACCACCAACCCGACUCAGGGCUCCUCGCCCACCCUGACCAUCGAAUUUACCAAGUUCCAACGUGAGCUUUGCUACCCCACGUCAGACUAUACGCAACAACAACGCAUUUACGAGGGCACCACACAUCCCUUGGAGCCCAAUGCUCGCGAACGUUUGGAACGCCUGAUCCUUGCUGAUCCCCUCUAUGCAUUCACUCCAGACGACUUUGACCUGCUUCGCCGCUACCGGGACAACUUCAAAGAAAACCCUGCUGCUCUCUCCAAGUGCUUGCGUGCAGUGGAAUGGUCCAACCACGAAUAUGUUUGGGAUGUCGAAGAGAUGCUCAGCACAUGGGCGGCUGUGCGGCCUGAGGAGGCGCUGGAGCUUCUUGACUCGGGUUUCAGCGAUCGUGCUAUCCGCUCCCAUGCUGUGCAGCGCCUCGAACCCAUGGAGGAUGAUCAGCUCCUGGAAUACCUUUUGCAGCUCGUGCAGGUAUUAAAGUAUGAAACGUAUCUGGACAACGACUUGAGUCGAUUCCUGCUGAAGCGUGCCCUGCAGUCUCAGCGCGUUGGCCACUUCUUCUUCUGGUUUCUGCGCUCGGAAAUUCACAACCCCGAGUGCGGCGUCCGCUUUGGCCUUCUCCUCGAGGCGUACUGCCGAGGUUGCGGAUCCCACUUUCCAGACCUACACGCGCAGGUGCAAGUGCUGAACCAAAUGGAAGAUAUUGCUGACACCCUCAAGGACAAAAACAUCAAGGACAAGGAUAAGAAGCAGUGUGCCAUUGAGCUCGUGGAGAAGAGCACCUUUCCCGCCUUCCAGCUGCCGCUGGAGCCCUCUUUGCGCUUGGAGGGCGUCAAGGUCCGCAAGGUCUUUGAUUCGGCGCAACGGCCUCUCUGGAUCGAGUUUGACAACGCAGAUAAGAUGGGCAACUCCUUCAACGUGAUGUUCAAGAAUGGCGACGACUUGCGCCAGGACAUGUUGACUCUGCAGCUGAUUGCCAUCAUGGACCGCCUGUGGCAAGAACAAGGUCUCGACCUGCAAAUGACCCCUUAUGCCUGCCUUUCCACGGGUGACAUGGUGGGGCUCCUUGAGAUGGUCAUGGGUGCCAAAACUCUUUGGCAAAUCCAAGGCAAGAUCAAGAAUGUCAUGUUGAACGAUGACACCCUGAACAACUUUUUAAAGGCCAGCAAUGCUGAGACGCCGGCCUAUGACGAGGCGUGCAACAACUUUAUGCUCUCUUGCGCUGGCUACUCAGUGGCCACCUACGUGCUUGGUGUGGCUGAUCGCCACAAUGAUAACAUUAUGCUCAAGGAGACGGGCCAGUUCUUCCAUAUUGAUUUUGGUCACUUUUUGGGCAACUGGAAGUACAAGUUUGGCAUUCAGCGUGAGCGUGUCAAGUUUAUCCUUGUUCCAGAGUUCAUCCACAUCAUCACCCGCGGCGAGGGCCAACGCUCCAAGAAGUGGGUGGAGUUCAAGGACACAUGCAAGCAAGCCUUCCGCAUCGUGCGCCAAAAUGCCAGUCUGUUCAUCAAUCUGCUUAACAUGAUGUUAUCAACGGGCAUUCCUGAGCUCACCACGCACAAGGAUGUUUCGUACUUGCGCGAGACUCUGUUCUUGGAUGAUACCGAGGAACAGGCCGUUGCCAAGUUUGAGGAUGAGAUUGCGAUUGCCAUUCGCGAUUCAAACACUGUCAAAAUCAACUGGGCUUUCCAUGGCUACAAGCACUGA